AUGCCGUCUAAUAUCACGUAUAGACACAUGUCUUUCCUCAAGACAACCAUCAUAAUUCUCAACUUUAUAUUAUGGCUAUUCGGGUGGACUAUUCUGGGGAUCGGUAUUUGGCUAAGAGUUGAUCCGAAGUCAUAUGAGCCUAGUCGGUUUAUAGACACAGAUAAUAUGAUCCACGCCAGUCUUAUUAUGAUUAUCACUGGAUUUGUAAUCAUUUUGAUCGGAUUCGUUGGACUCAUUGGAGUGAUCACUGAAAACUCUUGUCUAUUAGCUACUUUCUUCACAGUCCUCACGUGUCUAUUCGUUAUGCAAAUCGCAGCCAUUGUUUUGGGAAUAUUUCAUGGGUUUGGAGAGAGGUUGGAAAUAUUUGCAAACGAGGAAAUCCUACAGAAUCUACAACAGGCCCAAUACAACGACCAGUCCCGUAAAUUCCUAGACUUCUUUCAGGUUAAGUUGAGAUGUUGUGGCGCCCAAUCCUUCAAUGACUACGCGAGGUAUGGGAUGACAAUCCCGACGUCUUGCUAUUUGGCCGGAACUACAUAUGUGAACGAACAGAGUUUGGGAGCAGUUUUGUUAGGAGUGGCCAUUUGGGUUCGUGGAGAUGGAGGUCUCUGGGAAUAUACGGAUAACUUAGACAUUGAAAGAUAUUACUUCGCGUGCUAUAUAUGCAUGUGUGCCGGAGCUCUCAUUUUAAUCAUCGGAUUUCUGGGUUGUCUCGGGGCUGCUAUGGAGAGCCCCUGUAUGUUACUGGCCUACUUCAUCUUAACCGGAGUUGUAGUUAUCCUUCAAAUCGCGGCCACAGUUCUCGUGUGGAAGAUCGCCGGUGGAGACCGACUGCAAAACGUAUUAUCACGAGAAAUCAAAUGGCAUAUCGACCGCAGACCUACUGAUGACACUUCCCGCCGAUUCUUAGAUCUCAUUCAACUUAAGUUGGACUGUUGUGGCGCUGAGACAUUCCUCGACUACCAGAAGGUUCAACAGGACAUACCGGCCUCUUGUAAUAGUGAGCGGACUAACAAUAUACAGAUAAGAAGUUGCGGUGAAAUGUUACGUCGUUUCCUUGAGGUGAGGGGUGGGGCUAUCGGUGGUAUAUGUGUGGCACUAAUCCUAGUAGAGGUCGGGUCCAUAAUCUUCACGAUGUGUCUGUUCUUUGCGAUGAGACAGGAGUCCAAACCACAUAUGAAUAACUAUUAAUUUUUAAUUGAGGUUUAUUAAUAAGAAUAAUUUUUACUUUUCAACUCACAAUUUGUGACACAAUUUGACCGAUUAUUGUCUUCGGUAUUAUUUGCGGACAAAAAUUGCAAUCAUUAGUUUCGGACAGUAAUUAUCUCUGUCCUUCAUCAGCGCAAUCACUGUCUACUACUGACAGUACUGGUGGUCUGUUUAGACAUUUGGGUGGAGAGAGCGACCGUAGAAGUGAUAUUUGAGAUCACUUUAACCGUACAUUUAGUGCAUUUAUAGGGAAAACGAU